ACGAUUUGGAUGGACAACACCAGAGCCUUUCACCCAUACAGUCUCAAGCAUCCUCAACAACUCUAUCGGGGAAAGAUAUAGUGCAGGGCCCAUGCGGGAAUGAGCUGCUGCCAACGGAAAAUAAAGCUUCUCAAGACGGACUAGGAGUGAAAGUCAGAAGAAUGCAUGACACAUCUUUGCAGCAGGAUGUCAUCGAAAAAAGGCAGAGAAGGUUGCAGAACUCCCAUGAUGACGACCAGGUAUUCCAGAGCGAUGUACAGGAGCAGCAGGAACCCGUUGAAAACCUGCGGACAAAUCUGCCAUGCCAUACCGAUAAAUUAUGGGAGCUCGAGAACAUGGUCCAGGAGCAGGAUGAUGCAAUUGAACAAAUACAUGAGCAAGUGCGGAGACAGGCGCAAUGCUCCUAUGACCAAGUUCUGGAGUUCAAGUCCAAGAUUGAUUGGCAACAGCGCAGCAUAUUAAAAUCACGCGACGACAUGCAAGGCGUCUAUUCUCAUGUUCAAACACUUGACGACAAGAUUCGUGGGCAGCGAAUUGACAUAGGAAAAGUGCGGAAAGAGCUGCAAGGUUGUAUCGACCGUGUUAAUGACCGAGUUCGGACCCUCGAGAUCAAGGUCGGGUUGCAGAAGGAU